GCUGCGGUUGUCAAGGAUUCAGAGGUGGUGCCACGGCUACCCGGUGAGCUUUGGAGUCCGGCUGCUGCAAGGCCUUCGGAAGGUCCGGGCUGUGCGCUGCGACUCUGGACUGGGCGUGGGGAGGAGGCAGCGGGUCUUCUUGGCCAGAGUUUGGCCGGACAGUUGAGAGGCAGAAGAGGCUGCCCCCGAAACUAGAAGGGCCCUGUUAACUGAGUCCGCGUCCUUGCCCCCACCCCCAUCCCCUUCGUCUGUUCCUGAGCCCUUCAACCACUCCGUCCUAGCCCCCGUGCCCCUCGGAACUGUCCUUCCCCGCAUCUAAAGAUUUUGGGAUUUCCAGAAGAAAAUAUCAAGGGGGAAUUAUCAAGAAUAGAUUCUUUUUCUGAAUAGUUAAACCUCAAAUGACCACAGCCUUGGCCCUUCAGACUCCAGAGAUGCAGGAGGGACUUAUAGCAGUGAAAGUAAAAGAGGAAGACGGAAACCAUGCCUAUGGGCAAGAAUCUGGCCUGUCAAGAGAUAACCCUCACACCAGAGAGAUCUUUCGUAGACGCUUCAGGCAAUUCUGCUACCAGGAGACACCUGGGCCCCGAGAGGCUCUUCGAAGACUCCGGGAACUCUGCCAUCAGUGGCUGAGACCAGAGAUGCACACCAAGGAGCAGAUCCUGGAGCUGUUGGUGCUGGAGCAGUUCCUGACCAUCCUGCCCGAGGAGCUCCAGGCCUGGGUGAGAGAGCACCGCCCAGUGAGUGGAGAGGAGGCGGUAACUGUGCUGGAGGAUUUGGAGAGAGAGCUGGAUGAACCAGGAGAGCAGGUCCCAGCCCAUGAUCAUGAACAGGAAGAGCUUGUGAAGGAGAAAGCAACUCUAGGAGCAGCCCAGGAGUCGUCAGGUGGCCAGCUCCAAACCUUGGAAGAGCAGCCUCAGUGGAACUUGCGAGGCGUGUGCCCGGUUCAGGAGAUUGAUGAUGAGGCUGGGACUUGGAAUGUGGAGUUAGCCCCAAAGAGGUAUCUGUCUAAAGAAACGAAAUCUCAUGUGGAAGUACCUGAAACAUUGAAUGGUGAUAUUAUUCCAGUGCCUGAGUGUGGAGAGACCUGUGACCACGAAGCCAGAUGGGAAAGGCAACGGGUAAGCUCUUCGGUGGAGAGACCCUAUAUCUGUGGUGAAUGUGGGAAAAGCUUCACCCAGAAUUCCAUCCUCAUCGAGCACCAGAGAACGCACACGGGUGAGAAGCCCUAUGAGUGUGAUGAAUGUGGGCGGGCCUUCAGCCAGCGGUCAGGCCUCUUCCAGCACCAGAGACUCCACACUGGGGAGAAGCGCUACCAGUGCAGCGUUUGUGGUAAAGCCUUCAGCCAGAACGCUGGGCUUUUCCAUCACCUCAGGAUCCACACGGGGGAAAAACCUUACCAGUGCAGUCAGUGCAGUAAGAGCUUUAGUCGACGUUCUGUCCUCAUUAAGCAUCAGAGAAUUCACACUGGAGAAAGACCUUAUGAAUGUGAGGAAUGUGGCAAGAACUUCAGUUACCACUGCAACCUUGUCCAGCAUCGGAAAGUCCACCCUGUGGCUGAAUCCAGCUAGCUCCUUGGAACAGGUGGAUGUUGAUUAUUGCUUCUGACCCUGGAAGUUAACUGACAGUUGGUACCUUAAGAGACUGCAGGAGAGGGACCCUGAAGGCUGGGACGUCAGAGGACCGGGUCCUAAGGGGACCUGGGGUUUCGAGAAUCCGGUGAGAGUGGCCAGGUGUCCUCAGUGGAGUAGAAAGAUAUUAGCCCAGACUGAGUGGCUGCUGGACGCCAGAGGUUACGAGCCCUUGUCGAUUUUCCUGCCUGAGCCAUUAGGAGGAAGCCAAGCACGCGAAGGCGUGCCAGGUUGCCAGAUCAACCACUGAGAUGACGGGUCCUCCAAGUUUCCUAGAGAGGCAGCUGAGGAGCCGGCGGAGAUGCGGUCAAGCGUUGUGACUUAUUUCCGGUUCCUGGUGUGCGCUGUAGCCCAAAUAUCCCGUUUCGGUCAUUGCUUCCCAACUCUGGUCAGGUAUAGGUGGAUAUCUGGCUCCUCCCCACGCAGGAUGCCCUGUACCUCUGCAGAGACCUUGGGGUUGGAGGUUGGGGUGUUGCCCCCUUUCUCCAGGCCUGGCUUGGGUUCUUCUUCCUUGCCUUACAUAGAUUCCUCAGGAUCCGACUCUCUUUUCCGUGUCGUUGCUUCCGGACGUUUCAGAGAUGCAGAGAACUGAACACAAAUGCUGUACAGAGCCUGGUCUGUGCAGACUACUUGCUUCUCGAAGGAGACAUAGAUUCACCAGUGGGGAGCACCCUCCGGUGUCCAUCGGCUGACGGAUCCUUAAGGCUAAAAGAUGGUUUCUUAUACCUUACCUGAAUUUAUCUGAGCAGUUUCUCAGUUUUCAUUAAAACCCAUUAUAGUAAUGGUCAUGAUUACAUAUUUGUACCGUAGAGGCUUAGCUCUUUUAAAAAGUACUUUACUAUAAUGUGAUUCUCGCAAUUUUGCAAAACAAUGGGAAGUGCCACGUCAAUUUCUGUGGCUAAGAAAACAUUAAAGAGUGUGGCAGGGGAAGUAGGGGACGGUAGCACCUCAUUACUGCCUGACAGAGGUAGAAGUCCAGGUUCCCCACCUGAUUUACAUUGAGCUCCUUCUUACUGUUCCGUAAGGGUAGGAGUUCUGGCUUCCACAUGGUCACCACAGACACCGUGUGAGCGCGGACUUGUUAUUGCUGGGUGAUGGUGAAAGUCCUGACUCUCUACUGGCCCUUUUCUGGCAUUGCCUCAGUGUCACCCUCCCCUACUUCCCCUGCCACAAUAGUUUCAGAGAAAACCAGCUGAAACCUAAGGUUUAAUUAAGAUCCAGUCUCAUAACAAUACAAAAUGUCCAAAUUUCAAUUAAAAAAAUUACUCAAAUACCAAGAACCAGGAAGGUCUCAAACUGAAUGAAAAAAGAAAAUUAAAAGAUGCCAACACCAAGCUGACAGAGAUGUUAGAAUUAAUCUGACAAAGCAGCCACGAUUUAAAAAAAAAAAAAAGCUUCAAUGAGAAAUUGUGAACAUGUGUAAAAAAAAUGAAAAUAUAGAAAGCCUCAGUAAGGAAAUAGAAAGUCCUAGCAAAUAAAUAGAAGUUAUAAAGAAAAACCAAAUGGAAAUUUGAGAACUGAAAAAUACAUUCUCAACAACAGAAUGGAGAAAAAGGAUCCGUGAAGUAGAAGAUAGAACAACAGAAAUAACUCGAUCAGAACAACAGAGAGAAAAUAGACUGGAGAAAAAAAAUAUAUAAGGGAACAGAAUGUAGUAGGCUGGAAAAAUAGCCCCUCAAAGGUAUGUUCACUUCCUAAUCACCAGAACCUAUAAAUAUUACCUUAUGUGGCAGAACAGUGAAUAUUAUUUUAUAUGGCAAAAUAAGUGAUUGAGUUAAGGAUCUUGAGACAAGGAGAUUAUCCUGGAUUAUCCAGGGGGGUCCAGAAUGCUAUAAUAUCAUUGUAAGAGAGAGGCAGAGGGAGAUUAGACACAGAGAAAAAGGUGAUGGAAAGAUGGAGGCAGAGAUUGGAGUGAUGUGGCCUCGAGCCCAAGGAACACUGAGACAUGACCAGCAAGCAGCUCCAGGAGAUGGAAGAGACAAGAAACAGGGUCUCUACCCCGGAGUCUCUGGAGGGAACACAGCCCUGACAACAUCUUGAGUUCAGACUUCUGGCCUCUAAAAUUGUGAGAGAAUAAAUUUCUGUUGUGUUUAAGACACAAGUUUGUGGUAAUUUGUUAUAGAAGCCAAAGGAAACUAACACAAAGAACCUCAGGGACCUGUGCAGCUAUAGAAAAGAUGUAAUGUUCAUGUCAUUGAAGCCCCAAAGAGGAUGGAGCUGAAAAAGUACUUGAAAAAGUAGUGGCUGAGAACUUCCCAGUUUUGGCAAGAGACGUAAACCUACAGAUUCAAGAAGCUGAUCAAAACGAAAACAGGAUAAACCCAAAGAAAUCCAUUCAAAACCACGUCACAUUAAACUUCCCAAACACAAAGACAAAAGAUUUGAAAGCAGUCAGAGAAAAAUGACAUCUUACCUAUAGGAGAAAAUUCAAAUGACAGUGGAUUUCUUAUGAGUAAUAAUGGAGACCAGAAGGAAUUGACAUAGUAUUUUUAAAGAACUGAAAGAAAGGACCUGUCAAGCCAGAAUCCUAUACUUGGUGAAAAUAUCCUUCUGGAGUAAAGGAGAAAAUCAAGACAUCCUCGGCUGAGUAAGACAUAGAAUUUGUCACUAGGAAACCUACGUUUAAAAAAUGGCAAAAGGAAUUUCUCUAAAUAGAAGAAUCAGGAAAGGAGAAAGAAUAUGGGUAAAUCCAAUAAGCUUCCUUCUCUUGAUUUUUCUAAAUUAUGUUUAAUUGUUGAAGCAAAAAUUAUAACAUUGUCUGAUGUGCUAAAUACAUUUAUUAGAGGAAAUAUUUAAAAGAAUUAUAAAUGGGUAGGGUAAGGGAAGUAAGGUUUCUAUAUUUCACUCAAGCUGGUAAAAUGAUGACACCAAUAGAACGUGCUAAGUUGUGUCUAUAUGAUGUGAAGCCUAGAGCAACUACUAAAAGAGCUAUACAAAGAGAUAUACCAAAAAUGUUAUAGAUAAGUUAAAAUACAAUUUAAAAAACGUUCAAGUAGCUUACAAGAAGGCAAGAAAAGAAAACAGAGAUGAAAAAACCAAAUAUGAAAUGGCAAAAUUAUAGAAGCAGAGAACAGAGUCCUGGUUGCCAGUAGUUAAUGAGAAGAUGGGAGUGAGCAGGAAGUGGGUGUGUUCAUAAAAGGGAUUGUAGUGAUGGAAAUGUUGUGUAUCUUGACUGUAACAAUGUAAAUAUUCCAGUUGUGACAUUGUACUAUAGUUCUGCAACAUAUUACUAUUUGUGGAAACCUGGUAAAGAGUAAAUGAGAUCUCUGCAUUAUUUCUAACACUGCAUAUGA